CCGGGUCCCCGUGACCCUGUAUGGGACAAGCGGUUCAGAAAGUGUGUGUUUAUGGGACGAAUCGCUCAGCAGUUGUCACUGAGUAGGAGUUUGUGGGCACGACUAAUUUCUAUUUUCAGUAAUUUUAUUACUUUUAAUGUGACUUGAGUUUAACAAAAAGGUUGGAAUGAAAAGCCUUUGUUAAUAACAGCAACGAAGACCGAGCUGGAGCUUGUGGAUAUGACGUAUGAUUUCUGUUUUUAAUUAUUUCAGUUAAGAGUAGUGGUUUUUGUGCACUCUGAAUUAAAGAAAAGUAAUACAAUAAGUCCAGGUUGUACCCUUCUGCAAUAGGCUCCGGCCCACCGCGACCCUGCACUGGACAAGUAGCUACUGAUAAAGGAUGGAUGGAUGACAGUGAUACACUGUUUUUUAAUGUAUUGUUUCAGUGUGUGAGCUUUUUAGAAGAACCUAUUGAGCGAAUAAUUGGGGGGGUGACUGUAUUUUGUAACUUUUACCGACUGUGGCACUUGAGUUACAAACAAAUCAAGUUACAAACGUGUUCGCAAGCUCAACAGCCAGUGUGUCUUUUUAUCGACAAUUUACUGCUGUGGUUCGAGGGACACGCUGUUUUAUUUCAAUGUCAAAAUUAAUAUUGUCCGCACAGAGUCUGGCACGAGCUCCUUCCUUCGUCUCCCUGCUGUCUUUUCCAAGGACCGAAAGCAGCCCACGCCUCCGGGGUGCCGCCCUGGUGGCCGCGGUGAGUCGCUGCACCUCGGGACACGGAGCCGCCCUUUGCCGUUCUCCGGCGAGGCUCAGCGACCGAUGCGCAGGUGGACGCUGCGACGCCGCCAUGGAGUGUGAGCUCGGGUCGGAGACGCUGCUGGACCUGGGUCACCUGACGGAGGAGGAGCAGGGGACCAUCCUGCAAGUGCUGCUGCGGGACUCGGAGCUGCGGUGCCUCGAUGAGAAACGCGUGAGUAAGCUGAAGCACACGGUGUCAGACCCCCAGAAGCUCAAGUCCCUCUCGGGCGACUGGUUCAGCGAACUCUGGGCCAAACGGCACAAGAGAUACGGCUCCGAAAUUGUGCAGGCGUCCAUCCGGCGCAAGAAGAAGGUUAAAGAGGUGCCCUUAACCGCACGGAGUCGGGGCACAAGGCUGGACGAGGAGGAGGAGGAGGCAGACGAUGGCAGCAGGAGCACGGAAUACCGCGCGAGCCCCACACCUGCCCCCAGAAGGGGCGUCGCCUCCUCCAAGGUGAGUCCAUCGGGGGUCAGUCCCCGAGCCAGUAUUUCCACCUGCGUCCAGUGCGCUGAGGCUGCUUACCUUUUCCCUGCUGUGUUCCAGGCUGCAGCGACGCUCGACGGCUCUCCGUCCUCAACAGAGUGCGUCAACAAGCUGAGCGGACAGCGAGAGGAGACUGCGGAGGAGGACCGAACACUGCAGACACCCUCCCCCUCCCUGCAGGUGAGCAGAGAGAGAGACUCGGACUCGGUAUCGAACAGCACUGCGACUGAGUCCGACCCGACCAGACUCAGAACCGCCCAGUCCCUGUCCAGCCUUCAGUCCAACAGCGCGUUGAGCGGCAGUAUGAUGAGCUUGUUCAGCUCCGGCGAAUUUGGUGCGGUGGAGGUUCGUGGAAACCUGCAGUUCUCGCUGCACUAUGACACCAAGAGGGAGGAGCUGCAGGUGCAGGUGUGUCGCUGCCAGGACCUCGCCUUCGCGCGCAAGAACCGUUCCGACCCCUACGUGAAGACGUACCUCCUCCCCGACAAGUCGUCCCACAGUAAAAAGAAGACGUCGGUGAAGAAGAAGACGGUGAACCCCAUCUUCGAUGAGACUUUGAAAUACAAGAUUAAGAUGUCGGCGCUGAAGGGCAGGACACUGAACCUGUCUGUCUGGCACAACGACCCCCUGCGGCGAAACAUCUUCCUGGGGGAGGUGGAGGUGGGCUUGGCCGAGUGGGACUGGGCGCAGAAGGAGCCCUGCUGGCGAGCCUUAGUGCCCCGGGUCCAGCUGACACAGGACUCCAUAAGCAGUCGCGGGACCAUCAUGCUCUCCAUCAAGUUUGUGCCGGCUGGAACGGAAGGCAGUGGUCUGCCAAUGACAGGCGAACUGCACAUCUGGCUGAAGGAGGCGCAGGGACUCAUCCCCACCAAAGGGGGCGCUGUGGACUCCUUUGUCAAGAGCUACGUGCUGCCUGACGAGAGCCGGUCCAGCCGGCAGAAGACGCGUGUGGUGAAGCACACGGUGAGCCCCACCUUCAACCACACCAUGGUGUAUGACGGCUUCCAGAUGUCAGACCUGAACGAGGCGUGUGCCGAGAUCACCAUUUUUGAGAAGGAUUCGCUGUCCUCGCGCCAGCUGGGGGGCGUGAGGCUGAGCAUGGGCACAGGCCAGAGCUACGGGCAGCCGGUGGUGUGGAUGGACUCCACUGAGGAGGAGGUUAGCGUGUGGACCACCAUGAUCCAGAACCCCAACAGCUGGGUGGACGCCGCGCUGCCGCUCCGAACUGACCUGGUGCCUCGCAAGGAGUAACAGGCGUGUGCUGGAAGGAAAGGGGGUGUGGCCAGGGGCGGGGCCACAUGGGCUGGACUCGAGAAAGAUGCUCGCACAUGGAAAUGGGGACAUGAGGGGGCGGGGAGCAGUGUAACUGGGGCCCUCGUAUUGCAUUCAAGAAACUCAAGCUCCACUCAUCGCAGCCAGCCUGGCCUUCCUCACAUUGCCAUGGUUUUGUGGCCAUUAAUCCUCCAUCUGUGUGCACUGCUAGCAUGCGAAUCCUGGAGCUGGGAGGUACUGUGAGGGGGUGGAAGGGGCUGCUGCGUCAGGAAGGAGUUUGGAGGAGUGGGAGGGGCUACAGGACUCAGGGAGGAGUUUGGAGGAGUGGGAGGGGCUACUGGACUCAGGGAGGAGCAGGAAAAUAAAUGAUUGUUGCUCAGGCCAGCGAGUGUAAGGAUGUGCACUUGAGAUCAGUGCGUUAAGCAUGAAAAAAGUUGGAAACAGAUUUUAAUAAAGAGACGGUACUGCUCAGCGUAGAGUGCAUUCCCGGCCUCCGCUCCAGUUUCACACGCCCUGCAGUCAUUUAUUACGAACUCAUACUGGCCGGCAGCUGAGUCUUCAGUGAUCGUAGCUCUAAAUUAGUUUGCUUAUCAAUAGGUGUUGGUCUAUAUAACCAUUCCAGUGUAGAAAUAGCGGAAAACGUGAAUCGGGAAUUGGGCGAUCUGGGUUUCUCUGAUUGUGUGUGUGAGGCAGGGUGGGGUUUGGCACAUUCUUCGAUAUGAUGCUCCUCGGUUCUUGAAAACGACUUCAAUGUGUCUUGUCACGUCUUUGUGUUGGUUCUGUCCUGUUUGUCUGUUCCUCGGGAAUUAAAACGCUGUUUGUCCGAGUUCAUCCCGCCUCUCUUGUCUCAAGUUGUCAGAUUAAAGUGAGACGGGAAAGGAA